UACACAACGGUCUGAGUUGCUUCGCGGUGGCUCGACAGAUUUUUCGGUCGCAGGGGCCAGAUGAACCCAAUCUAAUAAAACCUUGUGCCUGUCGCAUGCGCAUUCCAGCCAGCAUGCUCUCCGUGCCUGCACGUCUCGACCAUUAGGUACAGGUACACCUGGGAAUGGCUUCCAAAGAUGCUGCCGCUGAAGCCCCGCGACCCCAACGCAUCCCACACUGGCGUCUGCUGCUCGACCAGGGCGCCGUGACCUCCGAAGUCAUCGAGUACCCCUACGUGGGCGCCGGCACCGACGAUGACCCGUUCAUCGUCGAAUGGAUCCCCGACGACCCGCGCAAUCCCAUGCUCUUCAACAAGAACCUGAAAUGGGCCUACACCAUCACCGUCGCCUUCGCCACCUUCGGCGUGUCGAUGGCCUCGUCUGCCUACGCCGGCAGCAUUGAGGAGGUGCUGAAAGACUUUGGCAUCGGCCAGGAGCUGGCCACCCUGGGCGUGUCGCUGUUCGUGCUGGGAUUCGCCGUGGGACCGCUGGUGUGGGCGCCGCUGAGUGAACUCGUCGGUCGCCAGAUCGUCAUGUUCGUGUCGUACUUCGCCCUGGCCGCUUUCUGCGCCGGGGCCGCUGGCGCACAGAACAGCUGGUCGCUGAUCAUCCUGCGCUUCUUCGCGGGCUCCUUUGGCUCCUCGCCGCUCACCAACGCCGGCGGCGUCAUCGCCGACAUCUUCCCGGCCGACCAGCGCGGUCUCGCAACCAGCCUGUUCGCCGGAGCUCCAUUCCUCGGCCCUACCCUCGGCCCCGUCAUCGGCGGCUUCCUCGGCCAAAGCGCCGGCUGGCGCUGGGUGCAAGGCUUCCUCGCCACCUUCACCGGCCUCAUCUGGAUCGUGACCGUCCUGCUCGUCCCCGAGACCUACGCGCCAGUCCUCCUGCGCCAACGCGCCACCAAACUGACCUCCCUCUCCCCCCACGGCCACAUCUACCGCUCAAAACUCGACCUCGAGCGCGGCCGCGUCUCCAUCGCCACCGCAUUCGGCUCCUCCCUCCUGCGCCCGUGGAUCCUCCUCUUCGCCGAACCCAUCGUCCUCCUCCUCUCCAUCUACAUGGCCAUCGUCUACGGCACCCUCUACAUGCUCUUCGACGCCUUCCCCAUCGUCUUCCAGACCAUCCGCGGCUGGUCGGAGGGCAUCGGCUCUCUCCCUUUCCUCGGCGUCAUGAUCGGCAUGAUGCUCGCCGUCGCCGCAAACAUGUACGACAAUAAACGCUACGUCCGCGAACACACUCGCCACCGCGGCUUCGCGCCCCCGGAGGCCCGCCUCCCCCCGACCAUGGUCGGCGCCGUCGCCAUCCCCAUCGGUCUGUUCUGGUUCGCAUGGACCAACGGCCCCAACGUCCACUGGAUCGUCAGCAUCAUUGCCUCGGCGCCCUUCGGCUUCGGCAUGGUCCUCGUCUUCCUGGGCAUCAUGGUGUACCUGAUCGAUGCGUACACGAUCUACGCGGCGAGUGUGUUGGCUGCGAACUCGAUUAUUCGAUCCUGUUUCGGCGCGGGAUUCCCCCUGUUCACGACAUACAUGUAUAAUAAUCUCGGUAUUCAUUGGGCAUCCUGCAUCCCUGCCUUUUUGAGUCUGGCGUGUCUGCCCUUCCCGUUUAUUUUCUAUAAGUACGGGGCUGCCGUGCGCAAGAAGUGCAAGUACGCCGCGGAGUCAGAUGCGUUCGUGCGCAAGUUAGCAGAGAAGACGCUCGCGCCGGGCGAGACCAAGGAGGAGAAGGAGAAGAAGAGCGAGGCACCGGAUGGGGUCGUGGAUACACAGACCGGAGAGAGAGAAUACGAUCUGGAACGAGCGGAUACGGUGUCGACAAGCAGCGACGAAGACGGUCGCCAGUCGAGAGGCACCUACGAAGCGAGCCCCUACGACAUCGACCGCGUGAAUACGCGCAACUCGGCGAUUACGCAGCGGUCGCGGUCGCGGUCGACGAAGGGGAGGAAGAGGUUUGGGAUUUUUUGAUCUCAUCUUCUCUUCAUAUUCAUGUUAAUGUUCAUUUCGUUUGAUUGAAUGGUAGCAAGCGGCAUUGGAUUCAUUUAUUGGUUGUUAUUUAUACU